CCAAGUUGUCGACCCAAUGGAUGAUGCCGAGUACGUUGAACGAACCAGUCCUCAGGGUCCUCGCCGACGUCGCGAGUCCCCGCGUCGUGUUUUCGAGUCUUCGACAUGAACUCGCGCACAAGUUAUCGCGAAGCUUCGACAUGCAGGAGGCGCAGCUCCUGGAGGAGGGCGGAUCCGGAAGUGGGACUACCGGAAGCGUCGGCUCCGGAGGACCUCCCAGACGUCAUCACAGUGCCCAGCGGUUGUCCAGGAACGAGAUGUCCGAGAGGAGGGAGGAGGACGCCGCCCUGAUAGUACCGGACCACCAAGGCAACCUCAGGAUCACCGUCAAGAAGACCAAGUCCAUCCUGGGCAUCGCCAUCGAGGGUGGCGCCAACACCAAGCACCCCCUUCCCAGGAUCAUAAACAUUCACGAUAACGGAGCAGCGUACGAAGCUGGUGGCCUCGAAGUGGGUCAGCUAAUUUUGGAGGUCGACGGGCACAAGGUCGAAGGGCUGCAUCAUCAGGAGGUGGCCAGGCUAAUCGCCGAAUCGUUUGCACGGAGAGAUCGCAACGAAAUCGAGUUUCUGGUGGUGGAGGCGAAGAAGAGCAAUUUGGAACCGAAGCCGACGGCCCUAAUCUUUUUGGAAGCGUAGCAGGAAUCUCCCACCUCCGAGCCGGAACCGCCUUAACUCGGUGAACCAAGAGGCGUUCAAGGAGGGUAUAAAGAACUGUAGCUGGAUUACCGAAGAAAUUCAAGAGGAAAGUGUACGGAGAGAUAAUGGGGCGAAUCGAAGGAGAGCAAACGAGAAUAACCUGAAGAGGAAACAAGGUUAACUUAUUUGCGCUGCCCUAUAAUGGAUAGCGGUUAAUGGAAUAGCGCGAUGGAACUCGAAGGAACGCUAGAAGUAGAAGGCAGGCUGCAAAGAAGAGAGGACGAGAUGUCAAGAGUCUAAAAAAUGAAGGAAUUCCGGAAAUGUCGUGGGUAGAAAACGAUGUAACAGAAACGAGAAGGAAUAAAGUAGCAAGGCUGAGGUUGGAUUAACAAUUAGAAAGCGUAUUGAAGAGGAAGAGAGGAAAGGGAGGACAGAAGAGAAGGCAAUACGAGAUGUCAAGAGUGUAAAAAAUGAAGAAAUUCCGGAAAUGUUCGUCGCGGAUAGGAAACGAUGUAACAGAAACGAGGAGGAAUAUGGUAGUAAGGUUGUAUGAACAAUUAGAAAGCGUGUUAAAGAGGAAGAGAGGAAAGGGAGGACAGAAGAGAAGACAGGUCGAGAUGCCAAGAGUCUAAAAAAUGAAGGAAUUCCGGAAAUGUCGUGGGUAGAAAACGAUGUAACAGAAACGAGGAGGAAUAAGGUAGCAAGGCUGAGGUUGGGUUAACAAUUAUAAAGCGUAUUAAAGAGGAAGAGAGGAAAGGGAGGACAGAAGAGAAGACAGGUUGAGAUGUCAAGAGUCUAAAAAAUGAAGGAAUUCUGGAAAUGUUUAUCGUGGGUAGAAAACGAUGUAACAAAGACGAGGAGGAAUAUGGUAGCAAGGUUGAGGUUGGAUUAACAAUUAGAAAGCGUAUUAAAGAGGAAGAGAGGAAAGGGAGGACAGAAGAGAAGACAGGACGAGAUACCAAGAGUCUAAAAAAUGAAGGAAUUCCGGAAAUGUCGUGGGUAGAAAAUGAUGUAACAGAAACGAGGAGGAAUAUGAUAGCAAGGCUGAGGUUGGAUUAACAAUUAGAAAGCGUGUUAAAGAGGAAGAGAGGAAAGGGAGGACAAGAGAAGACAGGACGAGAUGUCAAGAGUCUAAAAAAUGAAGGAAUUCUGGAAAUGUUUAUCGUGGGUAGAAAACGAUGUAACAAAGACGAGGAGGAAUAUGGUAGCAAGGUUGAGGUUGGAUUAACAAUUAGAAAGCGUAUUAAAGAGGAAGGGAGGAAAGGGAGGACAGAAGAGAAAGCGAAGAGGGAGGACGGUUGAUUACCUCAGGAGAUGGAAUGAUGAAGAAACGGGGAAGAAUGUGUUAAGUAAGAGUUUCUGGAAGGGUUCUUUGACGGAGAUUUAACAAGUCUCUCGUGAAACAGGGAUUCCGAGAAGAAUCCUGGCUGCAGGGUGAAAGAGGGAAAUAAUGAAGAAAAAGGGACGCGAAGAAUUCGCUACAAAAAGGGACUCGAUUGGCUGAAAUACGUCGUGGCGAAGGGAAGAGGAGGGACUAACCUCGAAAUUGAAAAGAAAAAAAGAAAUGUUACGAGGUUUUUUGCUAAAUAGGGGCUCAAGGGGGAGAACGAUCUAACGAGGAUGAUUACCUUCCGGAAGAGCUCAUAAAAGGCCGCGAGGAGAAGAUCAGUUCAGGAGAAGACAAUUUCUUCUCGGGAGUACCCUUCCGAGAUGAUUAAGAAAACAAACCCAGGAAAGGGGAUCUCGACGAAAUCUUUCUCAGCUUUAACGGGAUGUGCGAAGUUUUCCGAAAUCGAGGAAACUCCCGAAUAACGAGAUAUGUCUGGAGAAAGAACCGUUCUUCUUUUCGGGCGAUAACCUUAAACAUUGGUCCAUGUCGAGGCAAGCCUGAAUGCGAAAAUUGAGAGACGAAUCCUAGAUAGAGACGAAAGGAGAAAAAGGGAAAACUAUGGAAACGGAUCCAGAUAAUAUUUCUUCGGUAUCAGCCGCUGAUAACUCUCCGAUAACUCGGAUGCUGCCCUCUUGGUACCCCAACGAGUACUCGAGGAGUCAUCCAUUAAUCCUGGCCCUGGUGGUGGGAAUGCGCAUGCAAAUAUGUCCGUACCCUAAUCGAUCCCUUACACGAAGAGAGGGCGAAGGACGUAGGUAGAAUAAAAGAGAAAGAGCAACGAGGAAGGAAAGGCGAAGUAAAGGCCAGAGCGAGGCCCGAUUCUCGGGCUUAAGUUGCGCUCAGGACCUCGCCAGCCGCUUCGGAGGGAUUCGAUAAAUAAGAAAAUCAUGAAAUCAGCUAAUCGAUCGAUCGGCCGAUCCACUGACCUCCUCGAAAUAUAUGUCCUGCAGUAUUAGAAACGAAGUCAAUGUCGGAGAGCGUGCACCGUGCCAAAUUAGACACGCGAUCUCGCGCGAUCCAGAGGAGCAGAUUUAUCGAUCCGAGAUCGACAGGAUCGAUUUGCGAGCGCGAGAUCAUUAGAGAUCGUCGUCGGCACCCUUAAGGAGGUUUCACUGUUGACUAAUCUGUUAUGGCGAUUUAGGACUCCAAGGAGAUGUCGUCGCUGCUCCUUUAAGUUACGAUAGUUCUUUUCCAAUUUUCUUCUGCAUUCUUCAUCAUUUUGUGUUCUCCUUUGCAAUACAGUUUCCAUACUUUUUAGUAAUAAAAAGGAUGCCGGAGAGCGCAAUCGAAAGGGGCACUACGACGCUCCUUCCUAUUUCGCAUGUAUUAUAGACUUAAACUGGGAA